UGAUUAUUUGAAUUUGGAAUGAGCAUAUUUCAGUGUAAGAGAAAAAUGUAAAUCAUUGAUUUUUACGGUGUAUGCGUUAUGAGUUUGUAGUGGAGAGUUUGAGGAGAUUUGGCUCAGCGCGAGCGGAAACAGGGAAGAAAGAGAUAGAAGAGGAAAAUUCAAAAAGUAAUUCAAACGCGCCGUGUUAAGACGUGUUUCGUUUUCUAGCAAAUAAAUUUCGUUUUAAUUAAUACAGUCCACUUGCUUUCCCAUCUUGAGUAUCCGAAGAACAUUUUGGUCCGAUCGUGCCGGAUGUCGGAUUAGUGGAUGGAAGCAUUUUAGAUUCUCGGUUCGUGCGCGGAACGAGAAAGAAUCGACGCGAGUUUCGGUUGUUGCGACGGUCGGAAAUCGCGAAGUGAAUCCGGUUGCAUGCGUUGCAUCGGAUAGUUCCGGACACUGCGGUUUACGGAAAGUGAAAGUAACCGGUUGAGCGGCAGAUGGAAGAAUCCGGGGACUUGCGAGUUCCGGACAAGUGCUGUUGCUACCCGGAAAUUUGAACAGAAAACAGUGGAGGUCAAACCUCAAAGAAGAAAACGAACAAGAAGAACCAUUUUGGGUGAUGUUUUUGCGGUCUGGUAAAGUGAAGAAAGUGUUGUUUCCGUCGUCGCCAUUUUUAACUCCGACCGGCGAUUUGAGUGUGGUUCGUAGUGUGCGUGAGCAAAAGGACGAAGCUGAAAAUCGCCUGAAAGAAAAGAAGAUGGCGGAAAGUGUGCAAGCAUUGGAGCAGUGUUGCAGUGCGGCUCGGUCGAAAGUGGAGCGGAUCAGGUCGGCCAUUUUGAAUGCUGAUCAGGAUCCCGAAAAGUUCACCCACCAUGGCUUGAAGCUCUACAUGAAGACUGUCGAUGCUGCCUAUGAGGAGUACAACAAUUUCCAGAACCGUAUCUACCUCGCCGACCCUCUUAGGAGAGAAGAAUUCGAACCGAAGUUUAUUGAGUUCGAAGAGCUUUACGAGUUCGUUCGGGUCGCGUUGAGCGAAAUGAUCCAGCACUACGUAGACAUCGAAAAGGCGAUAGCGGAUGAAGCAGCUCUGGAUCGUGAAAAGCAGCUUCUCGCUAUGAAGUUUUCUGGAAAUGCUGUAGCAGUGGGUGAGCGUGGCGGGAAUAGUGGCGUGCAGGAAAGCAUUGUGCCGUACCGCAUGCCGCCGUCCCUGCUGUUGCAGCAAACACCGUUGCCGACGUUUGACGGCCGGUAUGAGCACUGGCACAAAUUCAAGGCUCGAUUCUGUGAUAUUGUGGACCGGUGCACACAGGAUUCUCCAGCAACGAAGCUCCAUUAUUUGGAUAAGGCGUUAGUCGGAGAGGCGAAAGGAGCAAUUGAUGAGCAGACACUCAACGACAACAACUACGAUGGCGCCUGGAGGAUUCUGGUAGAACGCUAUGAGAACCUCCCGAUGGUGAUUCACGGCCACGUCACGAGGUUGCUGAACAUGAAACCGAUGGCCAAGGAGUCGUCGGCAGAACUGCGAACGUUGAUUGACGACUGCACGAAACGCGUGGAAUCCUUGGAGUUCCACAAACUGAAGAUGGAUAAGAUGUCCGAAGCUAUUGUGAUCACGUUGCUGGCGUCGAAGCUUGAUCCGAGUACCCGCCGAAGCUGGGAGGCAUCUGUUGAGCAUGGUAAGUUACCAGUGUAUAAAGAUACGAUCGCAUUCCUGCGUAAACACUCUCACGUCUUGGAGAGGUGUGAGCAGAACGUCACGACAGUCAAGAACAAGGUCGUGUCGAUAAGAAGUCAGCCGUCUACAGUCACUAGUAAGACGCACACUGUGACGGUUUCGAAGGCGAAUGAUGGAUGCCCCCUGUGCGGAUCUGCUCAUCCGGUGGAUACAUGUGGAGCGUUCAAAAGGAUGAAUGUUGACGAGCGGUACACGAAGGCGAAGCAGCUGGGAUUAUGCUUCAGCUGUCUGCACCGAGGGCAUCGAACCGCUGCGUGCAAGCACAGCAAAACGUGCCCAUCAUGUACGAAGAAACAUCAUGCGUUGAUGCAUCCGGAAGAGAAGAAGCCUGUAGCAGCUGAGAGCCCGCAGCCACCUGCGGCAGUGCAGGAGAAUUCCAAUCAGCCGAUGACCGCGGCGAAGUGUACGUUUCCAGUCGUGCAGACGAAACAAGUUCUUUUGGCGACCGCUGUGGUGAUGGCGUACGAUUCCAACGGUGAGGCGCACAAAUGCCGUGUGUUACUUGACUCUGGAGCGAUGGCGAACUUCAUGUCAACCAGAAUGGCAGAGUUACUGCGAUUGCGGAAGGAGAGUGCCAAUGUCCCGAUCGACGGCGUAAACGGGAUGAAGACCAUCGUGAAGCAUAAAGUGAGUGCUAAAAUGGUAUCCAGAACAACCGGUUUUGAAUCAUCGUUGGAUUAUCUGGUUGUCCCCCGAGUGACCGGUGCAUUGCCGGCAACGAAGAUCGACCCGCACAGCUGGCAGAUUCCAGAGUCGGUACAGCUGGCCGACCCGAAUUUCUACGAACCUGGUCGCAUUGACAUGCUUGUCGGUGCGGAAUUAUUUUUCGAUGUGCUGCAAGAAGGUAAGAUCAAAUUGUCUCCUAAUCUGCCAUUAUUGCAAGAGAGUCAACUGGGCUGGCUCGUUUCCGGACCGGUGGCCGAUACUGCGCCGAUCGGUACUGUGAAAGUGUGUCAAACUGGCACAUCGGAGGCAGCUGAUGAACAACUGUGUCAACUAAUUCGGCGGUUUUGGACCAUCGACGAGCUUGGAGGUGAUACAUCCCCUGAUCCAGACGAUAAGUGUGAGCUGAGCUUCCAGGAGACUCACAGCAGAAACAAGGAUGGCCUUUACGUGGUGAUGCUACCAUUCCGUGAAAACGUUGGCGAGCUCGGUGAAUCCCGGAAGCAAGCGAUGCGGCGAUUUGUUGCACUUGAGAGCCGGCUAGAAAGGCAGCCGGAGUUGAAGCAGGCGUACGCUGAGUUCAUCAACGAGUACCUAGCGUUGGGUCACUGCCGAGUGGUCACAAGCGCCGAAUGUGAGAAGAACGAUUUUGCUCAUUAUCUGCCACACCAUUGCGUGAUAAAGCCGGACAGUUCUACGACCAAGCUGAGAGUGGUGUUCGAUGCGUCGGCGAAGAGCAGCACAGAUCUGUCGUUGAACGACGUAAUGGAGAUUGGUCCAACAGUACAGGACUCACUCUUCAACGUGAUUUUGAGAUUUCGCUUGCACAAGUACGUCUUCACCGCCGACAUCCCGAAAAUGUAUCGGCAGGUGAUGGUUCACGAGUCUCACCGGAAGUACCAACGGAUUCUGUGGAGAGAGAAUAAGGAUCAGACAGUGAAGGAGUUGGAGCUGAAUACGGUUACUUACGGUACAGCAGCCGCGCCUUUCCUGGCGACACGGUCCAUCGUUCAACUGGCUAAAGAUGAGCAGGAGGACUUUCCGGAGGCGAGCGAGGCUGUUGUGAAGUGCUUCUACGUUGAUGACGUGAUGACUGGGGCUGAUACCCUGAGCGGUGCCAGGCAGCUUCAGAAGAACUUGAUUUCACUCCUGGCCAGGGGUGGAUUCCAGCUCCACAAAUGGUGCGCCAAUGAUGAAGCGUUGCUUGAAGACAUCCCUAUUGACGCCAGGGAGAAGCAGCUGAACUUCGAGGACAGUGAUAUCAACGGAGUCAUCAAAACGCUUGGUGUCCUGUGGCAUCCCUCUAGUGAUGAUUUCCUGUUCCAUGUGAAACCAAUCGGUGAGGGUUCCGAAAUACCCACGAAGCGAAUGGUGCUGUCGGACAUGUCAAAGCUGUUCGAUCCUCAUGGCCUACUAGCACCGAUCAUACUCAUUGCCAAACUCGUGAUGCAACAACUGUGGCAGCAGAACGUGGAAUGGGAUGGAGCGAUUCCGAAGGAGCAACUACGAACGUGGAACCGGUUCAGGUCCGAGCUUUCGUCUUUGAAUUCUCUGCGGAUCAACCGGCGGAUUACUGUUGAUGAUGCGGUUACUGUCGAGCUGCAUGGAUUUGCUGACGCCUCCAAGGUGGCGUAUGGGUGUUGCAUAUACCUGAGAAGUGUGAAGAGUGAUGGGGUUGCCGAGAUGCGAUUGAUUUGUGGCAAGUCACGGGUUGCCCCAAUGAAGGAGAUUCAACGAGACAUCAAGUUGGACGCCACACCUGAUGAGAUGACGAUCCCGCGGCUGGAGCUGUGUGCUGCAUUGCUGUUAGCGGAACAAGUGGAAAAAGUGCGCGAAACCUUAGCAUUAACAACCGCAAAGGUGGUGCUUUGGUCGGACUCUAAAAUAGUGUUGAACUGGUUGAAACAAAUGAAGACAAACACUCCAGUGUUCGUACAAAACCGCGUAGUGAAAAUUAGAAAACUUUUUGCCUCCCACAUGUGGCACUAUAUAUCGACACAACAUAACCCUGCAGAUUUGGUGUCACGUGGGGUCUUCCCAGAAGAUUUGAUGCGUUGUGAAGAAUGGUGGAGUGGCCCGAGUGUAAUUCCUGUUGUAGCAGAGAAUGAAGGCGAACCGGUGGAAUCCGAAGAUUACUCCCACCAAAUUGUGGCAGCUGUCGUACCGGAAAGGACGGCUGCUCUGAAGAAACAACUUGACCCGUACGACGUGAUCCUGAAGUACAGCAGCUAUCGCAAAUUGCAGCGUAUUUUUGGUUACGUGACUCGUUUCAUUCACAACUGCCGAUCGAAGCAAGACACGACGAAGCGCAGAACGGGUGUGCUCAACAGCGAGGACCACAACGAAGCACAGAAGGCGAUGGUGACCAUUGUCCAGCAGGUGGUCUACAAGGACGAAAUCGGUUGCAUCCAUACGAAGCAAUCAGUCAAGGGAAAAUUGCGCAACUUGAACCCGAUCUACGACGACGACGAAAGACUGCUGCGAGUCGGCGGUCGCAUAAGAAACUCGGAUCUACCCAAGGACCAGAAGCACCCGAUGAUUUUGCCGGAGAACAACCAUUUCACCGAGGUGCUAGUUGAAGCGUUACACCGAGAGCAUCUUCAUGUUGGCUUGAGUGGACUCCUCGCAGUGGUACGACAGAAAUUCUGGCCAGUGAACGCGAAACGAACCAUUCAUCGGAUUUUGAAAAGGUGUGUGAUCUGCUUUCGAACGAACCCCAGAGAUGUACAGCAGUACAUGGGUGACCUCCCGAGUUGUCGAGUCACGGCGGCUCAACCCUUUGCUAGGACCGGGAUUGAUUACGCUGGUCCAUUCUUCAUCAAGGUUGGCCGAAUGAAAGCGAAGGUGAAGGUGUACGUGUCUCUGUUCGUAUGUAUGACGACCAAAUCCAUACACCUCGAACUGGUGAACGAGUUCUGCCAACCGAGGGGAAUUAAGUGGAGCUUCAAUCCGCCCAAGGCGCCGCACCAAGGUGGCAUUUGGGAGGCCAACGUGAAAUGUAUGAAGUCUCAUCUGUGCAAGACCCUGAACGAAAGCUACUUGACCUACGAGGAGUUGAACACGUUGCUGAUCCAAAUUGAAGGGAUAUUGAAUUCAAGGCCUCUGGUGCAGUUGACGGACGAUCCUUUCGACUAUGAGGCAUUGAGUCCUGGACACUUCUUGGUUGGACGAGAGUUGACAGCGGUUGCAGAACCGUUGUACGGUGACUUGAAGGAGUCGAGCUUGUCACGGUACCAGCUGGUGCAAAAACGGAUGCAGCAUUUUUGGCAGCGGUGGUCCAACGAAUACGUGACUGGACUACAGAAGCGUAACAAAUGGAACAAGGAUCCCAUGAAACUGCGGAACGGAUUGCUUGUUAUCAUGAAGGAAGACAACAUGCCACCUAAAACAUGGAAGCUGGGUCGCAUAGUUGAGACACACCCAGGUAAGGACGGGGUUGUACGUGUGGUCACAAUCCGCACGAGCAACAGCAUCUACAAGCGGCCGACGACCCAGAUCGCUGUCCUUCCAAUUGAUGACUGCACGGAUCAAGCGGAGUCCAAGGAGUAGUGAGACCUUCGCCUCACCCGGGGGAGUAUGUUACACUAAAAUAGAAACAAAUGUUUGAUUAUUUGAAUUUGGAAUGAGCAUAUUUCAGUGUAAGAGAAAAAUGUAAAUCAUUGAUUUUUACGGUGUAUGCGUUAUGAGUUUGUAGUGGAGAGUUUGAGGAGAUUUGGCUCAGCGCGAGCGGAAACAGGGAAGAAAGAGAUAGAAGAGGAAAAUUCAAAAAGUAAUUCAAACGCGCCGUGUUAAGACGUGUUUCGUUUUCUAGCAAAUAAAUUUCGUUUUAAUUAAUACAGUCCACUUGCUUUCCCAUCUUGAGUAUCCGAA